AUGAACUUCCACUUUGAGCAGCACAUAGCUGAAACGGAAUUUUACGCAGCUGAGGCUCAGAAAAUGUCAUUGAGGACCAAGAGGGAGCUUCGGGUACGCUUCCAGCUGGACCCACCGCCAGAGUCCUGCAUCAAGCAAGAACCUCAAGAUGAGAAUUCCGAUUGCAAUGGGGAUCCAAACUUUCAGAAAGUCCCCUCUAUCAGCGACCUGUCAGACCCCGAUAAUUCCACAGGUUUGCCCCUCUCUGUGUUAUCUCUGACGCAAAAAUUCCGUGAAAAGCAACAAGCGGCGGCUCGAACAGACCGAUGA